AUAUGAAAGUUAGAGCUGUCGACAUUAAUGAUAAGUCCAAUGACACUGAAGAGGAUAAUGAGGAACAUUACGUAGUAUCCUUAGGAGAUAAGAGUAGCUGCUCCUAUCUGAAAUUACCACGACUCACAGAAAAACAGACGACCACCCUGCUUACAAUGACUGAUGGACCGGAAGAUGCAACUGAACAAUCUACAGUUUCGGUUGGUUCUGAAUUUAUGGCAACUGUAGAAACGAGUUCACUCGGCCUUACCAAAGAAAAAUUGAAAAUAAUGUUCGUAGCGUACAAGACACUCGGAAAAUUUCUACAUUCUGACCACAAUGACGAUAUAAAUAGUAUGGCCAACGAUAAUGCAACGGAAAGUUAUAAUGGUACAGUGGACUCAAGGGUGAAUACGACGAAAUUGGUAUUAGAUUCGCAUGUAAUCGGCGCAUCUUUACGAUUUGGUGAUCAUCCGUUUACAGAAUUUGAGGAUAACCAGACAGUCGAGUUUUGUCUUACUCGUCUAAAUCUCUCUUUAUUUGGAAAACCAAAAUGUGUUUACUGGAACUAUAGUGAAAUUACGAAUACAGGCAAAUGGCUGGAUAACGGAUGCGAAACAAAGGACAUGACGACACACAUCGUCUGUACCUGCAAUCACCUGACCAACUUUGCUAUAUUGAUGGACGUGCAUAAAGCUCACGCAAUGAUACCAGAACCACACGAGGAUGCGCUAGGAUACAUCACCAUCAUAGGCUGUUCCAUAUCCAUAGUGGCGCUGUUAGCUUGCAUUUUUGUUUUUUCAAUACUAAAGAGACUGAAAAGCCUGCGCACAACUAUCCAUCGCAAUCUUUGUAUCUCUCUGGCAGCGUCCCAGUUCAUUUUUAUUGUUGGGGUAGAGAGAACCGAGAAUAAGGUCGUCUGCUCCGUAAUUGCAGGAGCUCUGCACUACAGUUUCUUGGUCUCGUUCAUGUGGAUGUGUCUUGAAGGAAUCCACUUGUACGUCACACUUGUACGAGUGUUUAAUGCUGGGGACCAUGGAGUUCUUCAAUACUACCUGGCAGCCUAUGCACUCCCACUACUGGUUGUUGCGGUACUUGCUGGUAGUGUUCCUGAGGGCUACGGAACCGACAAGUACUGUUGGUUGUCUACCGAAAACAACUUCAUCUUGGCAUUCGCUGCUCCUGUUGCAGUUAUAAUACUGUUAAAUUUAGUAAUAUUGGUUGUCUCAUUGAGGAAAGCAUAUGCCAGCAGUAAAGCAAUGAAACAGGAGGCCACAAAAACACAACAACUCAGAACAUGGGUAAAAGGGGCAAUUACGCUGUUGUUUUUGCUUGGAUCGACGUGGGCGACAGGACUCUUGUUCUUCAGCAGAUCAUCAGUGUUUGUGGCGUACAUCUUUACCAUCCUUAACUCACUACAGGGUUUUUUCAUCUUUUUGUUCUACUGUUUUAACAAUGAUACGGUGAAAAAAGAAACAAAACGAUGGCUAUCGAUGAAACGAUGGGUUCCAAUAAAAAUUAGAGAGCUUCUGAAAGAAACACCGAAGACAACGAGCAUGGGCAAUACACUCUCGUCAAAUGUCGACCAAAUUGUGACAACAAAGGAAAAAGAACCUUCGGCUACCAUAAUGUGCAGGUACAGUGAGGAGUAUACCAUCUCUAGCCUCUUUAGUCCAGCCUCUAUUGACAUGAUCGACUAUUCGAUGACAUCAUACACCAACCAGGAUUACAUCACGAGCUCUGGCAAUGUGCCUCCACGAACUUAGAUUAGUGUUCGCUCGACACUACUUGACAUCACAAUUAGAUCAAAGGCAAUCAUUAAUCUCUCAGUGUGCCAAUUAAAAUGAGCAACAUCCUGAGCAUCCUCAUUUAUAUACGUACUGCAAAUUACUGUAAAUAAGAAAUGAAAUACAUUAUUAGUAAAACUUUAGAUAUAUGCAUAUAAGGGGCGCUCAUUUGAGAUAAUUUAUAUACAUUUAAUAGCAAUCUUCGUAACACACUUCUUCAGUGAUAAGAAUGGAGGAUUAUUCGAGUUACACUAGUGAUAUUUAAUGAAGUUGAUUAUUUAAAAUGUUGUGAAUUAUAUUCAUAAAGACUAAUUCAUUUGGACAGUAGUGUUCACCACCAAAUUUAGUCUAUUAAUUCGCUCGUGUGUAGUUGGAUACUCGUUUAUUUAAUUAUGUAACCAUUUGAACCUUAAUAAAUGUAAAUUUAACUUUAAGCUAAGAAACCGCAAACUUCUUAAUUUUAAUCAGUCCAUCCUAAAUCAUACUUUUAUAUUUAUAUCAAUAUUAUUGUUCUAUGAAUUUACUCUAAAAUUUUGAACUUAUAUAUGCAUUGUUCUUUUGUAAUCCUUGUGCAAUAUAUAAAACCAAGUCGAUUUUUUUUAAUGUAUCAUACGUAAUUUAGCUGCAAAGCUACAAUGAUAAUAUUUUUAAAUAAAACGUGAAGCUUGACCCUGGAACUUAUAAAUAUUAUUGUAUAUAAUAAUAUAAAGUAAGUUUCAGCAAUCAAAUAUUUUCAUAUUUAAAUUUGUAGGUUUACAUUCUGUAGGUUUACUGAUAUUUUAACGAAAUUGGUCACUUUACUUAAUGAAAACCCGUGUAUAGAAUACAGUAGCCUGUAAAAAUGACGGUGUCUGAUUGGAAAAAAUUCGUAGGAUCUUUCAUACCAAAGAUCAAAAAGAUCUUAGUAACAUUUGAUAAUACAAGCUGAAACAUGGACCUAUUAUUUGCUGUAUUAUUUAUUCUGACAAGAAUUAUUAAAGGAGUCGAGAGGCUCGCAAGAACAAUUAAAAUUAUGUAUGUCAUGUUUGAA